CUUGAUCAUGGAGCCCUUGCUUUGAAACACAGAAGAAGCCUUCUUCAUAAAGAGAGAAAAGGAGAUUCAAAAGGACGAAGAUUUAAGGGUUCAACUCUUAAAAAUUGAAAUUAAAGUCUUCUUUGGCAGUAAAGUAGAGGCUCCUUCUUUUUAUCUUUGAGUAAGACCUCAUUUACUCUUGCAGAGUCUUCACCAGAACAUCUUAGGAAGAGAACUCGACUAUGAUACCCUUGGGUCACUUAGAAGAUACAAAUUGACACUAUUUAACAACAAAUAAAAGAAGUAGGACUGCAGAGAAAUACCUCAAGAUAUCAAGACCUUCAGGUUCAUUCCUAACCCUGAAAGUCUCUGACAAAUCCCUUAAGGCAUUAAGAACGAAGACCGAGAGAAAUAUCGAGAAUCUCCAGAUAUAUUGAGAAGGGAAACCCUCAAGUUUUGGUAUAUCUUCAUGGGUAUAUGUCAUGAAGAUAGCUCCUAGUGUAAUCUUCUCAUUUGCAAUUUAUUUAAGAUAA